UAUAUAUGUAUAUAUAUAAAGGGGGCCAGCUGCUGAAGUUGUGUAGGAUCUCAGACAACACUUUCAUACUCAAACAAAAAGAUUUAAAUGGAGUCAAGUUUCUCCAAUUCACUAUUUGAUCUGAGCAGUAAGUGUGGUGUAAAGUGAGUUGCCACUCGGAUUUCUGCUCACUGCAUGGUUUUUAAACUUCCUACCUCAUCAUUUUUUUUUUUUUUUUUUUUUUUUGCCUGCAUACUGUGCACUGCUACAUUUGUGUGGCAUUUGUAGCUCAUGGAUGAAGCCUCACUGUUCGAUGCCUGAAAAACCCAAGUCUGAGAAGCAAAGUGCAGAUCGGGUGGGCUCCACUUCAAAACAUCACGCAGGCCUCGACCUUGCUGCAGGAGGUCUCUGCAACGCUCCGCUGCAAUGAUCCCAUUUGUCACAACAGAGAAGAAGGUUACAGCUGGGGCGUGGUUUCAUAUCUCACCAAAUUAUCUCUGCACGGGCUCCAAACGACAUCACUAGAACACGUCAAGCAGCUAUUGUCGUCUUCAGGAUUAAAAAAUGGACCCAAAAUGGAUUCAGGUUCUGCUGGUUCUGGUGUUUUACCAAAAAACUGCUUUUGGAAUAAAAGAAGGGGAGAAAUUUACUAUUAAAUGUCGACCUACGACAUCAGGAACAAUGAUCAUCUGGUUCCGUGUGCUGGACAAGUCUGGCAUGGAAUUCCUCGCAUCUUUAAGCAACAAUGGCGUGGUGAAGGCAUCUCGAACCGACUUCACCCAGAUCUUCUCUCACUCAAGUGAUCCUCAUGUUCUAACGCUGAAUUCCUUCAAAAAUAGUCGUGACAGUGGCAUUUAUACCUGUGGGUCACUUUACAAAGGCAAUCAGCUCAUCUUUGGAAACGUGACCCGACUGUCCGGAGAAAAGCCAACGCCAGCACCACCAACAGUACCACCAGUCACACAAGCUACGUCAACAACUCCUUCGCCCUGCGAAUGCAAGGGCGUGAGCUCAAAGGGACAAGUGCUGUCAGGGACAUCCAGUCCGUCCUUCUUCUGUACUCCCAUCAUACUGGGCCCACUGGCCGGCGGCUGUGGCCUUCUUCUUCUGCUCCUCCUCAUCACCACCAUAUACUGCAACCGGAUAAGGACAAGGAGAUGCCCCCACCAUUACAAAAGAAAACCCCGGGCGGCGGUCCCUGAGAAACAAAUGAUGGUCAACAGACAUGUUUAAUCUAAAAAGGUGCAAUUUCACGGAUGUCUCUUUGAACUGCAGUUACUUUUCAGUUGUUGCGGAAAUUAUUUCUUCACUCCGUUCGACUUGGUGAAUACGUUCUUGCCUACUUAAAACAUUUUCGCCGUGCGCGGUGGAAAAUAUAGAAAGCGUUUAAAGUGGUUCAGGGUAUUUGAAAAGUGGUUUAAAGUAUUUGGCGCAUCAAAUGAUCGGAAAGCUUUUCAUUGUCGACAUCAAGUUUAACUGUAUUGUGGUUUGAUAACUGAUGACGCUGUGCUAUGGCAUUUAGACUGAACCCGUAAAAUAAAAUCAUGUGAUGUUUUUCCUCUUAAUGCUGAAACCACUGAAAAUGGUUCCUGAGAAUAUUACAGUUCUGCACUAUGCUUUGUCUUCUUCUAUUUGAAACAUAUGCAAUAAUUGUAUAUAAACCUUUUUCUUUAGAUUAUCAUUUUUGCAGUCUGCACAUUUAGUUAGUUUUAUCUUUUCACCUUUUUCACCACCGGCUUCAAAUAUAUAUAUAUAUACAUAUAUAUAUAUAUAUAUAUAUAUAUAUAUAUAUAUAUUCGACUGAACUUCACUUUGCCCGUCUUUCCUUUUGAGAAAAUAAUUUUUGAUCAUGUUUAACUUUUCAAAACACCUGGCUCACAAAUUCACAAUUUAAUUUUUUUGAGGUUUAAAAGUACAAAUAAUAUAAUAUUGUUAACAGAUGUGUAUUAUACAAUUGUCUAAAUUUUGCCAUCGGGAAGAUUUGUGUAAAAGUGUAAAAUAAAAUAAAAUAAAAUAAAAAAUACAACACCACUCAACAGUGUUUCUGGCUGCAAUGAAGUGUUUUUAUCUUUAUUAGUUAUUUCAUUCUUUUUAUUUUUUUUCCACACAUCAAACCCAGUCAUCUGCACUCCCAUCAGUCAUUCAGCGUCUUGGCACAAAAAGUAUAAUAUACGAGAGAAAUACACACUUUUUUUUUUAUUUUUUUUUAGUUUUGAGCCCCCCUUGCUUGGAGAGGAAGUGGGCUGCUACAACUGUAAGCAGAGCGAAAAGCCACAAGUGAGGAGUAGAGAAGACAACUUUCGGAGGAGAUUCUGUUCAGUUUAGUACAGUUGAAUCCCUUUCUUUAUAUUGAGCUCUUUCUGUGUUAAAGUCAUACAUAUUUUUUUUGCUUUUUCUAAAAAAUAUUUUGCUAGCAUUCCCACCUCUAAAGCAUCUCUCACCCAUUUUGACGCGCGCCGAAACGAAAUCAUCGACGAAUGGUGAACCCAUGGUGACUUUUGGCUUUACAGUUGAAAGCGAUCGUCCUUUGUAAAGUGUACAGUGUUGUCUUCUGUAGAGUCUAUACAGUUAUCACAAACAGUGGCAGUUCGCAAAGCCUGUAAACACCUCGGUUCCAUAAGUGCACUUCUGAACGCCAGUAAUUUCUUUUUCAUUUCCACACGGCCAAAUACAUAUAAAAAAGACCCUCGACAGAUAUUUCUCUACAGAAAGCAAGAAAAAAGAAAGAAAAAAAAAAAGCUCUCCAGUACAGAAUAAAGCAGAACACCUUCUGGAAAUCCUCCACAUAUUCAAUAAUGUAAACUAUGUAUUGUCCAAAAUAUAAGCAGACUAAGCUGUACACUAGUGUCUUAAUGGCAUCCGAUCACAUCAUGAUAGAAAACUUGGCUUUUCUGUGUACAUCAAGAUUGCACAAACAUCCCGAUACGAUUCCGUUACUGCUCCCACACAAGCUGGCUGUCACGGCGAACCAAAGAGAAGCCACAAGGCUCAGAGAAACUGUGUGUCGCAAUAUUAGUGUAUCGCUGGAAAAUCAAAUUUUUCUUCUUAUUCUUUUGAAUCUAAAAGAAAUUUGUGUGCUUCGAGCUCCUCUGCCCUCCCCACGGCUUCCCUUGUUUGUUCGCCCCUUCUUCGCAGCCAUCUGGUU